AAAAAAAUGAUAUUCUUCGUUUUGUUCACUCUUCACUUGGACGAAACCUUCGGAUGGGGAUUCAGGAAUGGAAUACUGCACAACUCCAUCUGGUUAGAACAAGCAGCUGGAGUUUAUCACCGAGAAUCACGGAGCGGAAAAUACCAACUGACCUACAGAGAGGCCAGAGCUGUGUGUGAAUAUGAAGGCGGACAGCUUGCUACGUUUGACCAACUGGAAGAAGCCAGAAAAAUAGGGUUCCAUGUAUGUGCUGCUGGAUGGCUCCACAAAGGAAGAGUUGGUUAUCCAAUAGUAAAACCUACUUUUAAUUGUGGAUUUGGAAAGAUAGGCAUUAUAGAUUAU